AUGUCACCGUCAUUCAUUAACACCGUUUUUGCGGCCUGUAACCGUCUGCUCGGUAUAACUCACCAUCGUAAGGUUGGUACCCGUAAUGCACGUGGUAAUGCGCAUAUCGAGCGUCGUAAUGCCUUCUUGGGGCAUGCUUUCAAGCUCGCUACUGAGCGCGGUACAGUGAGAUGUGACGAAGAUUUGGUUAAUACCCUUGGGUUUGCUGAAAUAUUGGCUAACCAGUUAAUCCGUCAAGGAGACAAUAACGGUUCGACAUGUGCCUUUGAACGAGUCUAUGGUGAAUCUCCACGGUUACCGUCAGUUCUCACCGAUUCCCCCAUCACUGAUGAUGAGCGGAGCUUAGAGUCGUCUGAUCAGGAUGGGAAUGUCCGACCAGCAGCUAUGAACAAUAUUGUUGAAGAUGUUCCACUUCAUGCUACUACUGCAGGCCACCUUGGAUUCAAGGAGAAUGACUGUGUAUUUUACCGUGUGAAGAAUGCCGAUUAUGAUUCUGACUCUGGUAAGCCAGAAUGGUAUAUUUAUGUGGGUAAGAUAGUGCAAGUCGACGAGGCCAACGCUGAAUAUAAGAUUCAUGUGUAUAGUGGAGAACGGCGCUGGCUACCCUUAUGGGAGCGAUACCGUCGCGGUGGUGGUUACGAGUUCGUCCGACGACGACACUGCCCAGACAACGGAGUUCCUAGGAUUAUAUCGGUGAAGAUAGCUGAUGUUGUAGCUCCUUGUGGUCUUACCAGAGGCGGUGCUCUUGAUGAACAAUCUAAGAAUUGGUUACAUUCUACUGGUGUGGCUGCCCCUGACUAA